AUGGAUAUGCCCAGAGGGCACAAGCCAAGAGUGCGGGAUGGAAAAAGCCAAAGGAGCAAUUUGAGAGACAUUGAAGAAGCGAAGAAAAUACGGAACCAACAGAAUGAAGUAAAAUUCAAAAAGUUCUGCGGAAGCACUGAUUUUGUAUUAGACGUACCAAGCAUUGACGAGGGAGUGAAGUUUCUAAAACAUCAAGUAGACAAUGAGAUUUUAAAUUUCAAUUACACAACUAUGAUGUUAAAUGAAAAGGUUGAGAGGCUAAAUGAUGUCGAGAGGAACAUACACAUCCCCAUGGAUCUGCCUUUCAUGUUUUCUUUUAAUAUGCAAAAUAAUGAUGAUAUAAGCAAUUGGAUAAAGGAACAAAAUGAGAUUGAAAAUCGAAAGAUUGCAAACAUUGAAGGGACGCCUAGGUACAUCAACCUAACUGAUGACAUGAAGCAAAUUUCUUCGUCUGCUCCGAUUGUCCAUACGUUUGACAAAGACGAUUUGGAGCUUCUCAAUCGGGUUGCUCCGCAUUACAUUAGAAGGGUGAGAAAUAGCCUACUGCAAUGUGAAGAGAGGAAAAACAGGGAUCUUCUGCAGGGAAAAAAUUCCUCCAUGGGAAUGAACGCGCAUCAGCAGGGUGGCAAGGGGUAUGAGAGUGGCGCCCUGGAGAACAAUGACGGCUCCUCCGAAUUGAUGUUGAAAUAUGGGAAAAGGAAAGUACCAUACGAUUGUUAUUUUCCACAUCCUCUAAAGAAAGGCACCAAAGUGAAGAAAAUUUACCCCCUUUUGCCGCACAUUGCUGUGUGGAAUAAUAAAUAUAUACAAGGCAUCAUGGAGAUAGGAAAUUCUGGUGACUACAUGAGGAGCAAUGGUGGGGAGGACGCUAAUAAAUUGCUGAACAAGGGGGGGAAUGCCACAUCCAAUAGUGAUCCGAAGAAGCAAAGUCGCGGUAUGCUCGGGUUACUCCAUUUGGUAGAGAAGACCCGCGAUAAGCAUCUGUACGGGUUGUACAAGGCGCAGGACAUGGGUUGCGACGAGUAUAUGCUAAAUAAGUUUCAGCGCAGGGAUGGUUCCAUGCGGAGGCGGUCCAGCGGGGUAGGUCCGGCUAGGGGUAGUGCGGAUAGAAGUCUUACGGAUAGAGCUGCUAGCGAUGGCCAUGGUGCGGCUAAAGGUGGCCUGGCUACCGUCGGUACGCCUAUCGGCGGUGCUGCUCUUGGUGGGAACGUACCGGACCAAGCGAGCGACACCCCGGCAGCGAAAAAAAAAAUCAGCCUCAGCAAAUUUCUCAUAAAAAAGUACCUCUUUAAGUUAAAAAUGAGAGAGAAGUUAAAAAGUAAACUGUCCAAGGGUGAAAAGGUGACCCCCCUUGUAAAGAACCAGCAGGAGGAAGAAGAGAAGAUUGCAAAGUCAAAAAAUGAAAGAGACGAAUCUGCUGAAUUGACACAUCGGAGUAAGCGUGUGACGUUUAACCAAACAAAUAAGUACAAAUACGUGGGAAAAAAAGAAGAGCUAGGGGAAAAUAGCGAGGGAGACAAUACGGUCACGCAGAAUGUGAGCCAUUCGCAAAGUACCCCUCCUGAUGAUAACCUAGAGUGCUUCAAAUAUGUUCGGGAUUAUAAAUCGCCAUCUUUUGCGAUGAAUCCAGACGACCCUCUAUCGUACGUCAUAGGGUUUAACAAGCACAACUUGGCUUUCAUGUUCCCCACUAUGUCUCGGAAAAUUAUUUUCUCCAAAACGGGGCAGCAGAAAAGGAAAAAUUACAUAUUGGUGCGGCAGAAGUAG